CCAACUUCCCCUGCGGAUUUCAUCCCGGGAAUCAAAGUCCACCGCUUCAGCCAACCCCCUUACGUCAAGUACCUCCUCCCUCGGGAAGUUAUCUGCCAUCAACCUCGAGACAAGGAGGAGGGGAACUUGCCGCCAGGCUUUCACUUCAGCGAUGGCUGCAUCCCAAGAGAGAAACUGGGACUUGUGCGGUCGAGAACAGUUAUUCCUAGAUCGGAGGAGACGUUGGCGAAGCUGAGGAGCUGUGCGGUCUAUCGCGAUGGGAGUGAGGAGCCGGUUGCGUGGGCGUUCCUCGGUACGGAUGGGACCUUGGCGACGUUGCAUGUGGAAGAGGAGGUUAGGGGGUUGGGGUUGGCUGGGGUGGUGGGGAGGGAGGUGAUGAGGAGGGGCAUUGAGGAGGAUAUGAGCCUGAAUGAUGGGUGGAUGCACUCGAAUGCGGCGGAGGAUAAUUUGGCCAGUAGGAGGGUUAUGGAGAAGUUGGGGGGGAGGAAUAGACCAUUCUCAGCGCAAGGAGAUGCUAUGAACGUGGACAGUCAUCCGCUUAUACUAGCCUAG